AUCGAUUUAACGCUCCACAGUGCCGUGUUUGCCAGCGCCGAGACCGAACAACGCACACAAACGAUGGAUCUGUAUUACCACAUUCGUUCCGCACCAUGUCAACCAGUGGUGUUUCUUGCCAAGCAUAUGGGGCUGGAGCUGAACUACAAAGUGAUCAGUAUAUACGAUCCUAAGGAUUUUGAAGUGCUUAAGCAGGUCAAUCCCCAGCACACCAUCCCCACGCUGGUUGACAACGGGCAUGCGCUGUGGGAAUCGUACGCCAUCCUGAUCUAUCUGGCGGAGAAGUACGCGCUGGACGACAGUCUCUAUCCGAAGGACUUGAUCGAACGAUCGGUGGUCCAUCAGCGUCUGUUUUUCGAUAGUGGAAGCUUUCAGAACAUCUCGCUGCAAUCGCUGAUACUGCACUUCCGCAACAAACCGAUCCCGGAUGAAAAUUUGGCCAAGAUUAAGCGUGCGGUCGAUGUGCUGGAGAUGUAUCUCACCGAUACGCCGUACGUCGCCGGUCAAAAGCUGACGAUCGCCGAUUUCUCCAUCUUUGUGAGCGUUUGCUCGCUGGACAUGAUAAAGUACGAUCUAACGUCCUACCCGAACAUUGUGCGCUGGUUCGAGAAGAUGGGAACGCACAUUCCAGACCUGGCCGCAAUGCGCAAGGAGAUCGACCUUGGGCUGAAAGCGCUGCUGGCUUCAAUGGACUAGUGAACC